CGCGGAGCCCGAGGAGGAUGAAGACGACGAGGCUGAAGGAGGCCUUGGCAGCAGCAGCAGCAGCAGCAGCAGAAGGAAUUCCCCAGCCGACCAGCCACCCUGCAAGGAUGCGGAGGGCCAGCUGAACAGGACGUGGCACUGACUGAGCCGGACCCUCAAGCAGGACCCUGAAUGGAAAGGCUACAGAAGCACCAGCUGACUUCCCCGGGGAGCGUGGCCUCUUCCAGGGGCUCCAGCGUCCCUGGGUCGCCCUCCAGCAUUGUGGCAAAAAUGGACAAUGAAGUGCUGGGCUACAAAGACCUGGCGGCCAUCCCCAAGGACAAGGCCAUCCUGGACAUUGAGCGCCCAGACCUGAUGAUCUACGAGCCCCAUUUCACCUACUCCCUGCUGGACCACGUGGAGAGGCCACGGAGCCGCGAGCGUUCCCUUUCUCCCAAAUCUCUCUCUCCUCCUCCUUCUCCAGAAGUCACCCGGGAGAACAAGUCCCCCAGCAAUGCUUCCCAAGGUGCCAGUCGCCAGACUGGCACCACCGCCAGCCGCAGUGGAGUCCACCACUUCCACCAUCCUGACACCAACAGAGUGGAGAUGAACAUCUACAAGAAGCCUCCCAUCUACAAGCAAAAGGAGCCCUCGACGACACCUGUCCCACCCCAGGGGGCAAAACACCUCAUCGAGGGCCAAAUCAUUGAGUCCUCCAAGUUCCCAGCUGCCCAGCCGCCAGACCCCAACCAGCCUGCCAAGAUCGAGACGGACUACUGGCCUUGCCCGCCUUCCCUGGCAGUUGUGGAGACUGAAUGGAGACGGAGGAUGGCAUCCCGAAGAGGCCAGGAAGACGACGACGACUCUGAGGACUCGAAGGCCUUGCAGGAGCUGCAGAAGGAGGAACUGAGCAAGGUUGCCUCCAAUCUUGGGAAACUCAUCCUGAAAGAGGAGAUGGAGAAAGAGCAGUCGCUCCCCAUCCGGAGGAAAACGCGCUCCCUCCCAGACCGGACGCCCUUCCACACGUCUCUGCACAGUGGCAGUUCCAAAUCCUCCUCCCUUCCUGCCUAUGGGAGAAGCCCCCUCACCAGGCUCCAGUCAACAGAGUUCAGCCCUGCUGGCAGCGAGAAAAGCAGCCCAGGCCUGCAGAAUGGCCAAAGAGGACGCAUGGACAGAGGAAACUCCCUCCCUAGUAUGCUGGAGCAAAAGAUAUAUCCUUAUGAGAUGCUGAUGGUGACAAAUCGAGGGAGAGUGAAACUGCCGCCCGGAGUAGACAGAACACGGCUGGAGCGGCACCUGUCCCCCGAGGAUUUCCUGUGUGUCUUUGAGAUGCCGCCGGAGGAGUUUGCAAAGCUGGCCUUGUGGAAGCGGAAUGAGUUGAAGAAAAAAGCCUUCCUCUUCUGACCCUGGCAGCAGCGAUGCCAACAGCGCCCAGAGUGGAGAUCUCCAUGUGUGUCGACCCUCCUGUCUUGCACCACAGGCGCCUGGGGCUACUUUUGAGCUGGGCCAGAGGGACGGUCCCUUCCUCUCCUCCUCGGGGUUCAAGGGCCGAAAGGAGCCGGACGCAGGAAGACUUAACACAGACCACACAUGCGCACCCUGUUGUUUCUACUGGGCACACUCCGGAUGUGGCACCAGCUCUCUCCCUAGCUGGAAACCAAGAACAGCAGCCAGGGAUGGAGGGGCAAUGCCCAUGGCAGAGUGGGAAGUGGCAACGAUGGCACCCCUCCACAUUUCUCACUUUCUGCUUGGCACACAGGCAUGUGCAUUCUUCUCGUCCGUUCCUCCAACCAGACACAGGACAGGAAGUGGGCACUGGGAGCAGCAUUGCCCAAUGGUCAGAGGUCAGCACAAAAGGCGCAGGGUGCCCCCCACCCCACUCCCAGCACAGACCUUGCCAGGCCACCUUGACUUCUGCUGGCACAUCUGCCUGCCUUGGCAGAACACAGAGAGGACUCUCUAAACAACUGCCAGCUAAUGUGUGUGAAGGGGCUUGGAGUUCCCCCCACAAAUGUUAGAGCCUCUCCAAGUGUUUCACCCCACUGCCCUUUGUUAAGGGGAGCCUUGGUUUUCCCCGAAUCCAGCUGCCACCCCAGUGAGGGGCUAGGGUUGGGGUCUGCAUGCUUGAAGAAAGGAGCCCAGGGCCAGGCCUACAGUCCCUUUUCCCUGGCUUGCUCCUUCCCACUCCCUCUGUUCUUUCUAUCUCCAGCUUCCCCUCGUCCUCUUUUCCAGAUGCCUUAGAAGAGUGGGGUUGGGAGGGACAAAAAGCAUUCCUGACAAGUGGUCAACCAUCCUCUUUUCAAUCCCCACUUUCCCCCCUUCCUUCCCCCAUCAUUCCUCUUUCCUCAUGCUGGCCCUGGUUCAACCUCUUCCUUUGCCAUAUCUGGCCACUGGGUUCUUCUCUGCUCUUCCAGCCUCAGCAGCCUUGCUGCUCCCUUUCAGCCCAACUUAGUGAGAAGUUGGGGCUUCUCAGAGUAGAGGGUAGGAAGCUGCCUUCUAUGGGGUCAGAGCUUUAGGAAUCCAUCCAGUUAGCCAGUAUUGUCAGCUCUGCCGGCAGCCAUAGCUCUGUGCCAGGCCUUCGGGUGGAAGCAUGUUCUCACCUGAAGGCCUGGCAGAGGAUGCAUCAGAGUGGACAUGAUUGGCUUAGAUAGACCAGUGUUUAUCUAAGUGUAUCUGGUCUAUCUAAGCCGUUCAUGUCCACUCUGACUGGCACCCCCUGCCUGCCAGGGUUCAGGCCAGGAUGUUUUCGUAGCCCUGCCUGGCAGUCCCUGGGAUUGUUUCCCAGGGUUCUCUCAGCCAAGGACUGGCCUGGCUCAGCUCUGCUUUGCUUCCAAAAUUGGACAGAAUUGUCCAGAAUUGGAGGUGUGGCUCAGGGUGGUAUAAGGAUGAUGUGAGUAGCUGCCCUGUGAAGUUGAUGGACAGCAGGGUAGGACCCACAUGGGCACUCCAGAUGCUUCCUGGACUACAGCUCCCAUCAUUUUUCACCACUGGCAAUGCUCCUUAAGGCUGCUGGGAGUUGCAGUCCAGCAACAGCUGAAGAGCUAUACAGGUCCCUCACCCAAGCUAGCUUCUAGGCUGCCAUUGUCCUCCUGCCUCCCCAGCCAGAUCCCUCUGCUUAGCCAUCCUUCUGCAUCCCCUCCUGUGCAGGACCCAGAAUAGGACUGGGGGCCACAGAUGGACAUGGGACCAUGCAAACAUCCACUGGCACCUUUUGGCGAUCGGUGUGCAUGCUUCUGCAGAGCCACUGGCCCUGCGUGGUCCUGUUUGCUGCUAUUGACAGGCAAUCAGCUCAGCCUGUGUGCCAGUCCCAGACUCUUUAACAUUUUGACUUGGCAAAAUGGCCUGAGAGAUGCAUCUCCUCAGGAGUCCAACAGUGCAGCUGCCAUCAUGACCCAAACUCCAUGCCAGAGACCUUUGUAGUGCAUGGGUCUUCUGUAACUCUCAUGCUCCCACAGAGGCCUGGAAGGAACCAAGGCUCACAUCUGGUGGCCACAAACUGCUGCUGAGCAAAACAGGUCCCAGGGAACAUCAAGACCUGAGGCUAAAGCACUAUUUGCCCAUCAGCCGCCAAGGCCACACAUAGGCCAAAUCUUUUUGCAGAAACACCUGCAAAGCCGCCAGGGCUGCAAUGAGACUAUGGGGGUGGCAAAGGGACACCCCCUGCCAUUGGAAAGGGCACUGAAUGUGACCAACCUGCCACAUACGCCACUCCCAAGCAGCCUUGGCUCCCUCGCUCUCCCUCUUCUUUGGACGGCUCUAGAGGUGGGGAGGGAAUGGCUUGCCACCACUUCUCUCUGCUUCCUACCAGUCUUAGCCCAGCAAGGAUGCUGCCAUUCAGCAGUGUGGUGGGUGGCAAGGCGCCACUGGCAAGGAUGGGUAGGUUGAGUUUUCACCUCUCUCUGCUCAGGCUUUGCCUGCCUAGACUGCCUGAGGAACCGGUCCCAGAGCUGCCUUGGAGAAAGGGAGCCUGGGGGCCAGCUUACUUUCCCUCCCCUGUGCAGCUCCUGCCAUGUUGUUCCCCUUCCUACCCCUCUUCACCUUGUGCAAAUGUAAAGAAUGUAAUUUAUUAGAAGUCACUUGCAGCUCUACUCGCUUUUUCACUGCUACUUCUGUGAACAUAUCUAUAAAUAUAUAAAUAUAGACUUCUCCUGAUUCGAAGAGUGGCCCCAAUGUCUACCACCCCAUUUUGGCUGAUGUUAGAAUCUGUGUGAAGAUGAUUCUCCUCUUCUCUUUCCCCUUCAUCUUUUUGAUUAAAUGUGAAGUGGCUUUAUU